GCGCGUUCCCCAGAAUCUUGCAGAAAGGGAAUUGAAAUCCAAUACUCGCCGUGGCGAUUGCCUAAAUGCCCGGUUACAGCUAUUCGGUACGUUUUGGGGAACGCGUGGUUCUUUUUCUUCUUCCUGGAGAUGGAAGCUGCUUUAGCUGAGUGACGAAGGUAUGGCCGCAUGAUUCGCUCGAUUCGCCCUCUCAGCUCGCCCGAGUCACGCCUCCUUAUUAACCCACCAACGUUCCCACGCCGUCGGCACCCCACCCAUAUCCCUUCAUAUUUCCCCCCAACCCGCUCCUGCUCGAAGCGUCUCGUCUCCUCCCGUCGCCGCCUCCGGGACCGCCCUCACUCGGCGACAAUGGAUCGCGCUGGAGACUCCUCCUCGGGAUUCGAUUCCUCCUCCGCCGCCGAUGACUACGUCCACGUCCCCAGCGCCGAUCCCCCUGAGGCGGUCUCCGCGGCCGAACAGGCGGUGCGGAAUCCUAACCCUAGCGCGGAUCAGCUCCUUGAGGCACCGUUCGGAGGAUCUAUCGAAGAGGCCACCUCUGCUUCGGUUGCCGCUGAUGAUGAGGUUCGUGGAGGGGUGGGCGGUCCGGAGAUGGCUUCUUUUCAUAGGGGAGAGGAGCGAGUUCUUCUGGAGGAGUUAUCGAAAGGCGUGGUGGUCUUAAAGUGCGAGACGUCGGCCGAAGGCGGCACCUGCGACGUAUACGUGGUUGGAACGGCUCACGUUUCUCAGGAAUCAUGCAAGGAAGUUCAGGCCAUCAUCAAUUACUUAAAACCGCAGGUUGUUUUCUUGGAGUUGUGUUCAAGCCGUGUUGCCAUCUUGACCCCUCAAAAUCUUAACGUUCCUACUGCGAGUGACAUGAUUGACAUGUGGAAGAAAAAGAAGAUGAAUGCUUUUGGAAUUCUCUACAGCUGGUUUCUUGCCAAGGUUGCUGAUAAACUCGAGGUUUUUCCCGGUUCCGAGUUUCGAGUGGCAUUUGAAGAAGCAAUGAGUUAUGGAGCCAAGGUUAUAUUGGGUGAUCGUCCUGUCCAUAUCACCUUGAGGAGAACUUGGGGCAAAAUGACAUUAUGGCAUCGAAUAAAAUUUCUGUACUACAUACUCUUUCAAGCAAUCUUUUUACCAAGCCCUGAAGAUCUCAAUAAAAUGUUGAAGGAAAUGGAUGAUAUUGACAUGCUGACUCUUGUAAUUCAAGAGAUGAGCAAGGCAUUCCCCACAAUGAUGGAGACACUUGUACAUGAACGUGAUAUGUAUAUGUCAUCUACAUUGUUAAAGGUUGCCAGAGAACAUUCUUCAGUUGUUGCAGUCGUUGGCAAAGGGCAUUUGUCAGGAAUAAAGAAACAUUGGCAGCAGCCUAUUGAGGUAAAGCAUCUUUUGGAAGUUCCUGUCAAUGGUGCAGCUGUUUCUUGGAUGAAAAUCUUAGCAUCGGUAGGUGUGGCAGCGACCGGGAUUGCCUUGGCUUCUGGUCUCUAUCUGACGGGCAGGAGGUGAUUUGGGGUCAACAAAUAGUUCUCUACAUUGGAGUCUAGAGAAAAGCAGCGCAAUCAGUAUACUUUCAUUUAUAUAUACUAAUAGCUCGAUAAUUUGAUAUCUAGUCAUCUUAUGUAUUUUCUUCAUAUUAUAAAAAAAUUCUAUGUUUUCCAUAACUAGAACAUAGUGAUCUUUCUAAAGUUUUUGGAUGAAGUUUUUGGUUUGUCGUAGAAUAUUAGGUUACUUUUGAUUUGUGAAUUGUGAUCAGAAUCAGAAUGUACUGAAAUGGGAGUUAGAAUAGCCAUAUUUUUCAAUGCAUUUGGUUUGUGACCGAAA